AGUGAUCUAGAGGGGAUAUUCUCUCGAUACUUCCAUACUUUGAUCUGAAUAUGGAAAUGUCGUUGUUACCACCAGAGGACGCAUGCUAUCUUUGAUUGUUCUCAUAUAUAGCAUGUUUUCCACGCUCUUCCUAUCUCAUGUCGUCUCCGUGCCUUCCAUGACUUCUCCGUCAUACGCAUCAUAUGCUUCUCACAUGUUUCAUGAUGCUGUCCUAUAUACAACAUCCGUGGGGUCAAAUCGCGCAAUCUCGGAUUCUUCAAGUUUGAAAUGAGGUCCAAUCUCCGAUACAAGGUCUAUCAAAGGAUCACCUCAAGGCUCUCAGCAAACCUAUUACCGCCGACAUUACCAAAUAAAAGCGGACAUGUCAUCGAACCCAUCGGUUGUCUAAUUCCACAUUUUACACACUACCUACCCACCUUACGUUACUCACUAUACAUACCUCCCUCGACCCAUCCCAUCGAGCACAAGCACACACAUACAAACAGCCAGCCUAAAGAACGAGGCCCACAAGCACUCGCUCUCCUUUUGACAGAGGCUGAUAAUAUGUUACUUCUCAGCGAUGGUCUAUUCCUUCUAUACGCUAUCUGUGUACUCUACGCGAGUAGUGUGAUACCAGUCAACUCCAGUUCCAUUGAGCCAAUGAGCAACACACGAGAGAGCAGUGCUCAUUCGUUGAUCAGCCAACCGGUCCUGAAAGUGCCGCCAGCCAGAUAGACAAGCAACCAGUCAAAACCACCCCACCAGUCUC